AUGUACAGGAGCAGUUACCUGCGCGAAGUGCGCAAGGAGAAGUAUGAGCGGUCCGAUGCUUACGAAGAACUGCCGGAAUCACCUGAAUUUGGCAGUCUCGCUCAAGCGCAAGGCCUGGAAAACCUACAAGAGCUCAAUGAACGGUUUGCCAACUACAUCAACCGAGCUCGGGUCCUUGAGCAGCGCAAUGCCAUUUUCCGCAAGCAGCUGGAGACCUUCCAGCGCAUGGAUGAGCUGGCGGGGUUAGAAGAGGCUUUUGCUGCCCAGAUUGAUCUCAACCGCCAGCGUGUUCGUGAACUGGCCGCAGACAGAUCAAAGCUGGAACGUGAAGAAAAAGACGCACAGCGAAUGCUGGAUGAAUUCCGUAACAAGCAUAGAAAUGAAUGUGAGUACCAGCAAAUGCUGAAAGCAACCCUGGAACGGCUUAACAAGGAAGCUGAUGAAGCAUUGUUACGUAAUUUGGAACUGCAGAUUGAGUCACAGUUCCUGCAAGAUGAUAUGAAUGCUACCAAGGACAGAUACAAGAAGAACCUCAUGGAAGUACAAACCUAUGUCAACAUUUUACAACAGAUCGUACAAACAACCCCCCGGGUGUCCACCAUCACAGCUGGAACCAGUGAGGAGAAGCUGCUAACCGAGAGGCGGAUACCCCUCCUGCAGAGCCAGUUAGAGGAAUACAAGAGCAUCCUUGGCCAGCUCCAGGCUCAGAAGGCAAAGUUCCAGACAGAGACAACCAUGCUGGAGCAGGCUAUUAAGAGCACCCAGGAGAGCUAUGAUGAUGAGAUUCAGUUAUACAACGAGCAGAUUGAAACGCUAAGGAAGGGCAUUGAAGAUGCUGAAAGGACCUUGGAAAAAUACACCAAUGACUGCCGCCAACUCUCCAUUUACCGUCAGUCCCUGGAGAAUGAACUGGAGCGCUACAAACGCAUUAUCGAAAAUGAGGACAGCAGGUUGAAUUCUGCCAUCGUUGGAACUCCCGUAACGCUAUUUACACAGAGUUACAAACCCUCUUAUACUCCAGCUCUGGGAGGGAAAGACAUUACCAUGGUCAUACAAGACAUUGCUACUGCAAAGCCAAGACAGAGAAGUCUUCCAAAGAAAAUUUCAAGGAGGAAGGAGAUCACACCUAAAGAGUUUGCUGAUGGGGCCUCAUCCAAACAGCCAUAUGAUCAAAUGCUGGAAGGGUUUGACCUGGAUCAGGUGGAGUUUGGACAUGAAGGCUUGAUGGUAGAAAGAGAACAUGGAAGAGGAGGAGGAGGAGGAGGAGGAGAAGCUGAGCAAGAAAAAACUGCAGAGGAUGUGCCUGACGGAGCACAGAUCAGCAAAGCUUUUGACAAACUGUGCAAUAUAGUGAGAGAGAGAAUCCGGUGCUACCAGAGAUCAGAACCCAAAACCGACGUCUGCGCAAAAGGGCGUUAUGUGCUUGUAACAGGGAAGGGAAGCUAUGAUGACCCCUGCUUCCGCUCUUCACCCCUUCCUUCUGGAGGCGCAAUCACUGUUUCUGAAGAAAAGAUGCCAAGCGGAGUUGGUGUAGAACCCAUCCCAGAGCUACCUGAACCUCUGGAAAGUGACCAAAGUGAACUAGAAGCCCAUGAAACACAGGAGGGGUUCAAGAUGCAGGAAGAUAUUAAAUAUAAGUACAAACCAGAAGACAAAGAGAAAGAAGAUGCAUUUGAAGAGCAGAAAAAAUCUGAAGAAAGAGACGAAGAGCCUGCAAAACCAGCUGGUGUCAUGGAACAAGAGCCAGUUCCCAUUCCAGGUCCAGGUGGUCAAACUGAAGCAGGAAUAGGCAAAGAGCAUGGAAGAGCUGGCGGCCUUUCUUUCAAAGAACCGAGCCCUCCAAGUUCUAUGAGUUAUGAGAAGGUUGAGGUUGUGGAAUCUAUCGAGAAAUUCUCUGACAACAAAAUCCAAACAUAUGAAGAAACAGCUAUGAUUGUGGAGACCAUGAUUGAGAAGACCAGUAAGAAGAAGGCAGGAGAUAAAAGCUGUUGA